AUGGAUAUCGUCAAUAUUUCUCCGAAAGUGAGCGGGCCAGUCAGCGGGGAUAUCGGUACCGCCAUCAACCCACCCCGGCCAGUUCAUUUGCUCCAAAGGAUUGUAGAGAGCAAAUUUAAAGAAGAUUCCAACAUCAACGCCCUUCACACCCAAGAGCCAGAGCUAAUAUUUUCCCCGACUGAGCACCUUAACAUCUCGCCCCCCUGUCAAAGAUUUACAUUCAAAGACCUUAAACUCCCCCGCCCUACCACUGCCGCAUCCCCCAUCGCUGCCACAAGUCCGUUUCCACUAUUCGCAGCGGCCGCAAUCCCACUGCUGAGGAAGGCCCUUCUUAACCCCGCAUAUUUAAACAAAACUGCAAGUGUUUAUAGCAACAGCACGCUGAUUAUACGCAACACUGCCGCUUAUUCGGCGUUUUUUCGUAAAAUCUGGACCCAUCCAAUGGUCAUGAGGGCGGUGAGUGAUGCUGCUGGGGUUGAACUAGAGGGUAUGGAGCAUGCGAAAUGCAUGCAGGCCAUCUCGAAGGGGUUGACUAGCGGCGAGUUUGCAUUAGAGGCGGCCGGUUCAGGGAGGAGUGGGGUGGCGGUGAGAGGGCAGAAAGAGAUUGAGGAUGAGAUUUUCGGGGACGGUGGGAGUAUCAUCCCCUGGCAUUACGAUAGUUAUCCGUUUGUCUGUGUCGCCAUGCUCUCAGACACUACCGAUAUGAUCGGAGGAGAGACAGUGAUCCAGCGCGGUGACGGUACCUUCCAAGGCAUCUCGCAACCUAGCGCCGGCUUUGCUACCAUUCUCCAGGGCGGCUUCGUCCGCCACCUCGCUCUCCGCGCCCGCGGCACCACCGACCGCAUCACCCUCGUUACCUCUUACCGCGCGAAAGCCGUCGGCCUGUAUGACGGGUCUUUUCUCACGAACGUGCGCCCCUACACGAACCUCAACGUACUAUAUCCCCAAUGGAUCGCUUUCCGCAACAAGAUCCUCAGCCGCGAACAGAACCUUUCCGUCCCGUUCAUAACAAAAUACAACCGUCACACAGAGCGCCAAAUGAUCCCCAAGCUUCAUAUCGAUGAACUCGUGGCGCGCUUCGGCAUAGCGGUCUUCUACACCGUGAUUGACGGAUAUGUCUCUGGUAAGGUACUUGCGAGUGCUCCGAUGGCGUGUCCGUUGUGUAUGUGUAAAGCGGGGGGAGGCGUUGGUAAAGCGCAUAUUGCGAUAUGCCCCGGUGUUAAGUCUAAGUGGAUGCCGUAUUCGGAACUGUGGAUUGAUGUACAACGGUCUAGGGCCAUGCUAAGGAAUAGCAGCAUCAGCUUUGAGGCAACAACAUGCAGGCCAGAUAUCGUGGCUGUUGUGGAGAAAUUUAGAGACGAAGGACGGGAGUGGGGGAUGGCGGAUGAGUUGGCGGUGCAGGGACUGGCCGAGUAUUUGGUUGAGCUUUUGGCCUUGUUUGGCGUUGUGGUGGGCGCAUGA